AUGGCAGAAGAAACAAAGAGGUAUGCAGUUGUACUGGAGCAAACAAGGCAUAGGAUUGGAAACUGUGAGGCAAUUGGCCUCAAAUGGAUUCACUGUAGUCUUAACUGCCAGAGGAUGAGAAAGGGAGUUCAUCAAAACCCAGUUUGGGAAACUCGAUAUCUUGAUAGUGAGACAGUUGGCUUUGCACAGGGGAGAUUAGAAGUUGGUAGUAAACUAAUGACUGAAACUUAUGAGUUAACAGAAGAAUGCUUGCAAAUAAACUAUUAUGGUGCUAAAAGAACAGCUGAAGCACUUAUCCCACUCCUCCAGUUAUCUGACUCACCCAGAAUUGUUAAUGUUUCGUCUUCCCUGGGGAAGUUAAUGCGCAUACCAAGCCACUGGGCUAAAGGAGUUUUUACAGAUGCCGAAAACCUAACAGAAGAGAGAGUAGAUGAGGUACUGACCGAGCUUCUAAAAGAUUUCAAGGAGGGUUCACUUGAAAGUAAGGGCUGGCCUUCUCGUUUGUCUGCCUAUGUAGUCUCGAAAGCUGCACUGAACGCAUAUACAAGGAUUCUAGCAAAGAAGUACCCCACUUUUCGUAUCAAUUCGUUAUGCCCUGGCUUUGUCAAAACAGAUCUAAACUACAAUGCCGGUGUCCUACCUGUCGAAGAUGGGGCUGCAAGGGUUAUGAAGUUAGCAUUGCUGCCCAAUGAUGGCCCUUCUGGCUCCUUCUUUGAUCACUAUGAAGUGUCAGAUUUUUAA